AUACUUGUAGCAAGAGAAUUAACUCUAAAAAUGUCUACAGAAAGCAACCUUCCUGCAAUCGAAGAUGUUGAUGAGAAAACUGUGCAAGAAAUCCUCAGUUAUACGCAAAAAAAGAAACGCUACGUGUACGUGGGACCGAAUCGGUACUUCUAUCCCGACACAUACAAAACAUUCGGGCCACAGAUCUAUAAUUUCAAAGUGCGACCGGAUGACGUGUUCCUCUUAUGUUAUCCGAGAACAGGCUCAACGUGGACUCAAGAGAUGAUAUGGCUUCUGAAUAAUAACUUAGACUAUGAAAAAGCUAAAUCGGUGGACAUGGAUACUCGCUUCCCGCUUAUAGAUUACUGCCUAAUGUUAACACAAGAGACGGAGAAGGAUAUUCUCGAUAAAAUAGACGAUGAUGUGAAAAGAGAGUUUCUGAAAAGCAUACUCGAGCCCGGGGUCAAUAAACUGCAGAAUGCACCCUCACCACGUUUCAUAAAAAGUCACCUACCAUUAUCUCUGCUGCCGCCGAAUCUUCUCGACACAACAAAGGUUGUUUAUUUAAUAAGAGACCCACGAGAUACGAUUGUCUCAUACUACAAUAUAGUAAAACUUAGCUAUUUAAAACCUGGUGUAGAAUUUCGUUUGUUUUGGAACUUUUUGCGCCGCGGCCUUGUUACAUGGUCACCAAUAUUUCCACACUUGAAGGAAGCUUGGGCGAAACGACAUCAUCCAAACAUGUUGUUCAUAUAUUACGAAGACUUAUCCAGAGAACUCGCUGGUAGCCUAAAGCGUAUGGCCGAAUUCUACGGCAAGUCAUACUCCGAGGAGCAAAUCCAAGAACUUUGCGAGCAUUUGAAAUUCGAUAAUUUCAAACGGAACGACUCCGUGAACCAGAGCAAAGUGCUACGUGACUUAGGUAUCAUUGAUGAAGAGAACGGCUUCAUCAGAAAAGGUAAAGUUGGAGGCUGGCGCGAUUAUUUCACAGGGGAGAUGGAAGAAGAAGUUGAAAGCUGGAUGAAGGAAAACUUAGCGGAUACAGAUUUUAAGUUUCCUACAUUCAAUCCGAAGACAUAACUUAUAAAAUCUUGCAUUACUUUUUUAUUUAUUGUUCUCGAUGAUCAAGGGUUUAUGUACAAAGAAUUUCCUUUAUUUGCAAAUUCAAUUAAUCUCAACUGGACGGGUUUCAGAUUUAAUGUGUUUUUAUGUAACAUCUAAGAAUAUCUUGGAUUAGAUUGAAAACUCUAAUAACAUUGUUGUAUAAGGAUUUAUCAAAAUAUAAUAUCUGCAUCGG